GCUUCAAUUUUAUAAAUCAAAGAAAUAAUCGGAGUUUGUGACCCUGGCAACCGUCAAACCGCACUCCACCCCACUUCAACACUGCUCCCUCCGUUUAACCGCAUACUGAAGUGACAAAGAAAGAGCGAGCUCUCAUCUUGCAGAUUUGCGAUUCCAUUCUUGAGCCCUAGCCACACUCAAUCACGGUCGCCGUCGGAGAUUCGCUGUUUCAACAGUUUAGCAUCCUUUUUGUUAUUAUUUUCAUCUCCUAAUUUGAUUUGCUCGGGGCCUCCAUUUUGACAUGCACAAGGUGGAAAGCAAGAGACAUCAACAUGGGAACAUCUGUGCAAGUAAAACCACUUUGUGGAGUGUACAAUGAAAACCCUCUCUCUUACUUGGUUUCCAUUGAUGGCUUCAACUUCCUUAUCGACUGUGGUUGGAAUGACCACUUUGACUCUUCCCUCCUUCAACCCCUAUCCAGGGUAGCGUCAACUAUAGAUGCCGUUUUACUUUCACAUCCCGACACACUUCACCUUGGUGCCUUACCCUAUGCCAUGAAGCAGCUUGGACUCUCUGCUCCUGUUUAUUCAACUGAGCCUGUCUAUAGAAUGGGACUUCUCACUAUGUAUGACCAGUUCCUCUCAAGAAAGCAAGUAUCGGAAUUUGAUUUGUUCACUCUAGAUGAUAUUGAUUCUGCUUUCCAAAGAGUAACAAGGCUAACAUACUCUCAGAAUCAUCACCUCUCUGGCAAGGGAGAGGGAAUUGUGAUUGCACCACAUGUUGCUGGACAUCUUUUGGGAGGCACGAUAUGGAAAAUUACAAAGGAUGGUGAGGACGUCAUAUAUGCUGUUGAUUUCAAUCACAGGAAAGAAAGGCAUUUGAAUGGAACUGUUCUAGGUUCUUUUGUGCGGCCAGCUGUUCUAAUAACUGAUGCCUAUAAUGCUUUGAACAAUCAGCCUUACAGGCGUCAAAAGGACAAAGAAUUUGGAGAUAUCUUAAAGAAGACUCUAAGGGCAGGUGGAAAUGUAUUGCUACCUGUUGACACCGCUGGACGAAUAUUGGAACUCGUUCUGAUGUUGGAAUCGUAUUGGGCGGAUGAAAACUUGAACUAUCCUAUAUACUUUCUUACAUAUGUUGCAUCCAGCACUAUUGAUUAUGUGAAGAGUUUCCUUGAGUGGAUGAGUGAUUCCAUAGCAAAGUCUUUUGAACAAACUCGUGAAAAUAUAUUUCUUUUGAAAAAUAUCACACUUCUGGUUAACAAGGCUGAUCUUGACAAUGCUCCUGAAGGUCCUAAGGUUGUUCUUGCAUCCAUGGCAAGUUUGGAAGCAGGUUUUUCACACGAUAUAUUUGUUGAUUGGGGAAAUGAUGUCAAAAAUCUUGUGCUUUUUACUGAAAGAGGCCAGUUUGGCACGCUAGCUCGGAUGCUUCAGGCUGAUCCACCUCCAAAAGCUGUCAAAGUUACUGUGUCUGAACGGGUUCCUUUGGUUGGCGAAGAGCUAAUUGCAUAUGAGGAAGAGCAAAACCGAAUAAAGAAAGAAGAAGCUUUAAAAGCUAGUCUUAUAAAAGAGGAAGAGUUGAAAGCCUCUCAAGGGGCUGAUAAUAAUACUACUGACCCUAUGGUCAUUGAUACCGGCAAUAGUCAACCAUUGCCAGAAGUGGCUGUUGCAAAAAAUGGAGGAUACAGAGAUGUAUUUAUUGAUGGAUUUGUCCCUCCUUCAACCAGUGUUGCCCCAAUGUUUCCCUGUUAUGAGAAUGCAUCAGAAUGGGAUGAUUUUGGUGAAGUCAUAAAUCCAGAUGGUUAUGUAAUUAAGGAGGAGGUCAUGGAUCAGACAACAAACAAUUUAGGUGGUGAUAUAAAUGGAAAGCUAGAUGAAGGUGCUGCAAGUUUGAUAUUUGAUACAAAGCCGUCAAAAGUUAUAUCUGAUGAAAGGACCGUCCAAGUCAGGUGUUUGCUGGUUUACAUGGAUUUUGAAGGUCGUUCAGAUGGAAGAUCAAUUAAGAACAUUCUCUCCCAUGUGGCUCCUCUUAAGCUGGUUUUGGUGCAUGGGUCUGCUGAAGCUACAGACCAUCUGAAGCAGCACUGCCUGAAGAAUGUAUGUCCUCAUGUUUAUGCCCCCCAAAUUGAAGAGACUAUUGAUGUAACCUCUGAUUUAUGUGCUUAUAAGGUUCAACUAUCUGAGAAGUUAAUGAGUAAUGUACUCUUCAAAAAGCUGGGAGAAUAUGAAAUAGCUUGGGUUGAUGCUGAAGUAGGGAAGACAGAGAAUGAUAUGCUUUCGCUUCUCCCCAUUUCUGGCGCACCUUGUCUGCAUAAAUCUGUUCUUGUUGGUGAUUUGAAAUUGGCAGAUUUCAAGCAGUUUCUCUCAACCAAAGGCAUUCCGGUGGAGUUUGCUGGCGGGGCUUUGCGUUGCGGUGAAUACGUAACUGUUCGGAAGGUUGGGGAUGCAACUCAGAAGGGUGCUGGUUCUGGUACUCAGCAAAUUAUUAUUGAAGGUCCCCUUUGUGAAGAUUACUAUAAAAUUCGCGAUUAUCUCUAUUCACAGUUUUAUUUGCUUUAGAUUUUGUUGUACAAGUGCAUAGGCUAAUCAUGAAUGUCUUACCUUCCCUGCCCUAUUUUGCGAAGAAGGCAGGCUAUGUAGAUGCUUGCAAACAUGGUCAAUUCUGUAACCAUUCUAACAAAUUCACAGGGGUUGUUAUCUGAUUUGAAAGCUUUCAAUGAAGAAAUCACUCUAUUAUUCUCAGUUUGUACCUCAAUAUCACAUCAACUAUCAUAACAUCCGGGGAGGGGGGAUGUGGACUUUGCAAGUGCUUGUGCCUUAUUUGUAUUUCUAGAAAAGGAAUUUAAUUUGGUCCUAUUGUCCUCUGUAAGCUUCACUGUCAUGAUUUUAAUGGGCAUGUGUCAUUUCAUUUUAUCUGUACCACAUGCAGUUUUAGACACUAACAUUGAAUUAGAUAGAGAUAUAUAACAAAUCUGUGUAGGAUAAUUUCUUUUCAUCCUGUGAUAAUUUGGUUGAUAUCAUUAAGAUGGACAAUGUUAAUUAUUAUUAUUAGUUUUUUA